CAAAAUAAUAAUAUAUUGGAUGGCAAACCUAUUUGACGAAGAGCAAGGCUAAUAUUUAAGAAUGAAUGCUCUCAAAUACCUUGAGAAACCACCAGAAGUCUAAAGAGUGGAUGAUCCAUUUAUUACUAAUGGCUCUUUAGCAAUCACAUAUAUUCUAGUGGGAACAGUGGAGUAAUAUAAGGCAGAUCAAGGGCUGAAAUUUCAACCCAGUUAUGUUCAUCAGGUGUUUAGAUCAACAAAUGAAAUAUAUGGAUACAAAGAUCUUAAGAUUACCAUUCAUGUCACAGCACUUGGAUUGAAGCCUUACAUUAAAGUAAACCCAUUCAAAAUACCUUACUAUAGAUAUCCUAUAGCGAGCAGACUGAAGAUGCAGAUGACUUAUAUGAGAGCUUUAAUAAAGUGUAUGAGGCUGGUUUCCUUUCUAGUGAAGAGUAGUUUCUUUAAGCCCUUGAAGAAGAAGAAAAUUAGGAGCCUUUAGGAGACUUAAUUGAAGAAUAUGGAGAUUUCAGAAUAUACAAAUGUCAAAUGGCAACAACAAAAGGGUUUGUCUAAUUCAAGCCUUUUUUAUAAGCAUUUCUUUUAGUUUUAAUUGAUGGAGUUCAAUAUCCAGGGGAUGAAAAUGAAUGGGUGUAUUUAACAUUGUAUGAAAAACGCCAAUUUGUCGGGUUGACUACCGUAUUUAAGUUUAAUAUUGGAUGGAAUAAGCAGAGACAUCGUUUGAGUCAAAUGCUAUUCUUGCCAUAAUACCAGAGGAAAGGUCAUGGGAGUAAAAUGCUAAAGACUGUUUAUAAAUUGGGUUUGGAGGAUGAGAAGUGCUUAUAAAUUACACUUGAAGAUCCUUCUGAAGAUUUUUAAGUGAUGAGAGAUAUAACUGACUCGAAAAUCUUACAUGAGCAUUUUAAAGAUAUACUCCCUAAUAAGGUAUUAAACAAAACUAUAAUAGAUUAUCAAUUCAAUAUAAGAAAUUGGAGAUAUGCCUAAAGAUAAGUUGUUUGAAAUUAUGAAGAAAACCAAACUUCAUGCUUAUUAAAUAAAACGUGCUUAUUCAAUAUAUUAGUAUGCGUUUGUGAACAAGUAAUCUAUUCAACUAUGAAAUCUUAAGAAAGUCUUCUAAAUUGAUGACAGAGUUUGCUAGGUAUUUGCUGAGAGAACAUUAAAAGCCUUACAUCAGAAAGAAGAAUAUUUUAGUUCGAUUUGAGGAUGGCAGUUCAUUGGAUCCAAAAUAAAUGCACUUGCUUGAAUUGAAGGAAAAAGAAGAUAGGAAUAUUAAUGCUGAAGAAAGUCUAGAAGAGGAGCUCUGUUUGUUUGAACUUAUUGCUACAAAGUUAAGAAAGGACAAAGUUAUUUGA